GUUCCCUUGCCUUGCCUUGUCUUGCUUUCACCAUGUUUUCUUCUUCUUCCCUUUUGCUGGGCUCUGUCCUGGCCGCCGGCUCCCUCGUUCAUGCCGCGACCAGACAAUUCUCCAUUGAGGCUUCAUGGGCUACAGGCGCCCCCGACGGUUUCGAGAGGCAGCUCAUUCUGGUCAACGGAACCUCUCCCGGCCCAGCUCUGAUCGUUGAUCAGGGCGACGAUGUCGAAUUCUACGUUCAAAACAACCUGCCUUCUGUUGCCACCGUUCACUUUCACGGCAUUGAGAUGCUACACACUCCAUGGUCCGAUGGUGUUCCGGGACUUUCUCAAAAACCCAUUCCCGCUGGCGGCAGUUGGCUGUACAAAUGGAAGGCCACCGAGUACGGUACCUACUGGUACCAUGCCCACUACCAGUCACAAGUGAGCGAUGGCUUUUACGGACCAAUCUACAUUCGCCCUCGCGACCAUGUCGAGAGACCAUUUGCUGCCAUUGCCGGCGACCAGGCUGCCAUCGCUUGCGCUGAGGAGAACCCUCAGUUCGCCAUGAUCGCUGACUGGCAGCACGUCACCUCCGAGGAGCUCGAGAAGAUCGAGUCGGACAACAACAUUGAUGUCUACUGCGCUCAGAGUAUUCUUAUCAACGGUCAAGGUCGGGUCAACUGCUUGAGCCCAGAUCAGCAGAAGGCAGCGCUUGCGCCACCUUUACAAGCCCUCUACGCCUCGACUGGACCAUUGGCGGGCUUGAACAUGACCGCGUCUGGUUGCGCACCAUUUGUGCCAUUCACACAGCGACCAGGCCCAAUCAACCCAGCAGGUCUCCCAGACACCAUCACUGGCUGCACGCCCACCGAGAGCGAUCUCCACAACUUCGAUGUCGACCCAACCAAGGGAUGGGCUAGCAUGCACUUGAUGAGCUCCGCUUCCAUCAAUGCCCCAGUCGUCUCUCUUGACGAGCACGACAUGUGGGUCUAUGCUGUUGACGGUCGCUACAUUCAGCCAUACAAGGUCCAAUCAGUCCAGAUCUUCAACGGCGACCGCUACUCUGUCAUGAUCCCAUUGACCAAGAGCAGCGGCACCUACACUUUCCGUGCCAACCACUUUGGCUUCAACCAGCUUGUCGGUGGCUUCGCUUCCGUCACCUACAAGGCCGGCAGCGCACCAAGCUGCAGCAACAACGGUGGAAGCCCGGGAACUCCUCCAGGACAUGGCGGCGGUGGCAACGGCGGCAACGGCGGCUACUCUCCAGGCCCAGGCCAAGAGAACCCCAACAAGAACCAUGGCAUCGACUGCGGUAUUCCAGGCUGGAAGUUCAACAAGCCAUACGGCAAGAAGCCAGACGGUGCACCAAAGAAGGUUCCAUCGUGGCCACAGCCCCAUGUGCCAUCCAACUGGGACUGGCACGGACAGCUCCCUAAGCCAGGCCAGGUCAGCCCGCCGGCUUACGUGCCAUCCCCACCAGAGUCCUAUGGACCUGAUGCGGACGAGCCAAAGGAGUCCCACACGCCAGCUAAGAACACCACAUCUGCCGCACACGCAGCUCCAACUGGAUACUCGACAACUGCAGCAGUCAAGGAGCCUGUCGCCACUACCACCCCUUGCACUGCCGAGUCCAAGUCGACUGAGGCUGCUGCUUCAUACGCGAAGCGAUCAGACCAAUUCCGCAGCAACAUGUGGAAACGCCAAUCUGCUCCUUCUGCCUCGACUCCAUGGAUCACCUACGGUGGUUUCCCUGUGUCGCAGAACGUAACACAGCUCAACGAGACCAUGGUCGUUCCGUUCGUCAACGUACCACCAUCGCAGAACGUUUCCGCCACCUACAUUUUCAGCAUGUCGCGCACAACGGCUCCAUGGAUGUGGAAAGUUGGUGGUAACUCGUACCCAUCGCGCCCACAGGAGUACUCGCAGGACGCACCACUGCUCUACUUUCCAGAGAGCGCCAACGCAAACAACCAGAACCUUACCAUCAUGACCACCAACGACACCUGGGUGGAUCUGAUCUUCACUGUUCCCGACAUCUUCGGUCCACCUCACCCAAUGCACAAGCACAGCAACAAGGCUUACGUUAUUGGACGCGGCACCGGCAACUUCACCUGGACCUCCGUCGCUGAAGCUGCUGCUGCCCAGCCGCAGAACUUCAACUUCGUGAACCCCCAGCUCCGUGAUGGCUUCGCUACCGCUCCAACUACCGGUGCCCCGGUCUGGCUUGCAGUGCGAUACCACGUCAUCAACCCAGGAGCAUUCUUGCUUCACUGCCACAUCCAGACUCACUUGAGUGGUGGCAUGGCUCUUGCGCUCCUCGACGACCUCGCAGAAGUAGGCCCGAUUCCAGCGGAAUACGGCGUCAACGGUAAUGGCGAAUGAUUCAGGGAAUUGGGAAAAUUUCAAAGCUAUCGACAGCAAUCAUUUCGUACAGUAUCUCAUCAGCAUCAGCCAGCUCCAACGCAGCGGGAUUCCUUGAAA